GGCUCGCUUGGUGCGCUGUGAUCAGCGCCGCUGUUGCGGGACCGUGGUACGGCGGCGGAUCCCGUGCCCAGCGUCUUGAAGAAUAGGUUGAAGGUUUCUCUGCACGGUGCAUGGACGGAAAGCCAAUGCGCAGGUGUAGCAGUACUCGACCAGGAGAGACCGGAAUGGAUGUGACUAGCCGUUGCACACUUGGAGAUCCUAACAAACUGCCAGAAGGGGUGCCACAGCCUGCUCGCAUGCCCUACAUCUCUGACAAGCAUCCUCGACAAACCUUGGAAGUCAUCAAUCUUCUGAGGAAGCACCGGGAGUUGUGUGAUGUAGUGCUAGUAGUUGGUGCAAAGAAGAUCUAUGCCCACAGGGUGAUUCUGUCAGCCUGCAGUCCUUACUUCCGAGCCAUGUUCACUGGGGAGCUGGCAGAGUCUCGGCAGACAGAGGUAGUAAUUAGAGACAUCGAUGAAAGGGCCAUGGAACUGCUGAUUGACUUUGCGUACACCUCUCAGAUCACUGUAGAAGAGGGAAAUGUUCAGACCUUGUUGCCAGCUGCUUGCCUUCUCCAGUUGGCUGAGAUCCAGGAGGCCUGCUGUGAAUUCCUUAAGAGACAGUUGGACCCUUCCAAUUGCCUGGGCAUCCGAGCUUUUGCUGACACCCACUCGUGCCGUGAGCUAUUGAGGAUCGCUGACAAGUUCACACAGCAUAACUUCCAGGAGGUAAUGGAAAGUGAGGAGUUCAUGCUGCUUCCUGCCAAUCAGCUCAUAGAUAUUAUAUCCAGUGAUGAGUUAAAUGUUCGCAGUGAAGAGCAGGUGUUCAAUGCAGUGAUGGCGUGGGUGAAAUACAGCAUUCAGGAAAGACGACCUCAGCUGCCACAGGUCCUGCAGCAUGUCCGUCUACCACUGCUGAGUCCCAAGUUUCUUGUGGGUACAGUGGGUUCUGAUCCACUUAUUAAGAGUGAUGAGGAGUGCCGGGAUCUAGUGGAUGAAGCUAAGAACUAUCUCCUGUUGCCCCAAGAGCGGCCACUAAUGCAAGGACCAAGAACUAGGCCACGCAAACCCAUCCGCUGUGGAGAAGUGCUCUUUGCAGUUGGGGGCUGGUGUAGUGGCGAUGCAAUUUCCAGUGUCGAACGCUAUGACCCUCAAACCAAUGAGUGGCGGAUGGUGGCUUCCAUGAGCAAAAGACGCUGUGGUGUUGGAGUCAGUGUUUUGGAUGAUCUUCUUUAUGCUGUGGGAGGCCAUGAUGGUUCCUCUUAUCUUAACAGUGUAGAGAGGUAUGAUCCGAAGACCAAUCAGUGGAGCAGUGAUGUGGCCCCCACCAGUACCUGCAGAACCAGCGUUGGAGUAGCAGUUGUUGGAGGCUACCUCUAUGCUGUGGGUGGCCAGGAUGGUGUCUCUUGUCUGAACAUUGUAGAAAGGUAUGAUCCCAAAGAAAACAAGUGGACUCGAGUGGCUUCUAUGAGCACCAGGCGCCUGGGAGUUGCAGUGGCUGUGCUGGGGGGCUUUCUUUAUGCUGUGGGAGGCUCUGAUGGAACUUCUCCUCUCAAUACUGUGGAACGCUACAAUCCCCAGGAGAACCGCUGGCACACAAUUGCACCUAUGGGGACAAGGAGGAAGCACCUGGGCUGUGCAGUAUACCAAGACAUGAUAUAUGCUGUGGGAGGCAGAGAUGAUACAACAGAGCUCAGUAGUGCUGAAAGAUACAACCCUCGAACCAACCAGUGGUCUCCUGUUGUGGCCAUGACAUCCCGCCGGAGUGGAGUUGGCCUUGCCGUGGUGAAUGGACAGCUGAUGGCAGUAGGGGGUUUUGAUGGCACAACAUACUUGAAGACCAUUGAGGUGUUUGAUCCAGAUGCUAACACAUGGAGGUUGUAUGGUGGUAUGAAUUAUCGGCGGCUGGGAGGAGGAGUAGGUGUUAUCAAAAUGACACACUGUGAGUCCCAUAUAUGGUAAGCAUCAAGAGGGAGGGAGAUACCAUGGUUCUCAUUCCUAGAGAAACUGAAGAGAUUUGUUGACACUGGACCUUUUUGCAGCUCUAGUAUGCACAGUCUAGAUCCAAUAUAAAUCUUUGCCAGUGACUCUUUCUAUGGAAUCAUAAAAAUGACUUCUGUGAGAGCGUGCCCGAUGGGAGACCACGUUGUCAGACCCCAGGGAAUCACUGGACUAAAGCAGAGGUGUUGGCUCAUGUCUGUAUUUUUUCUAAAUAGUCUACAUUUUUGAAUAAACCAAACUGUAAAAGUUACUGUAAUGUAAACAGUGCUAAUGUAGAAACUAUAUGCUACACUGGGAGUCUGGCAAGGGAGGAGGGCUUCCUGCCUUCCCUCCUGCUGUGUGAGCAGUGGAUGUGGCAGCUGUGUGGUGGGCGAAAGAGGAAAGUGAUACAGAAAACUUUGCUUUUGCCUUAUUUACAGAGAGCUUCAAAAAAGUACUUGACCUGCAAGGUGCCACCUUUGCACGGAAGCUUUUCUGUGCACAGAGUAUAUUUAUUUUUUCAUUUAAUUUGUAUCAUCUAUUUUCUUUGUAAUGCUCACAGUGAUAAUUCCAGCUUUUUAUAUACAUAUAUGUGCAUAUAUAUGUAUUAUAUAUAUAUGUAUAUGUACGUGUGCAAUUUGAGUUCUGAUAAACUGGCAGUUAGCAGGGCUAUGUCCUGCCAGCUAUUGUGGUUCCAGCCCUUGUGGUAUGUUUUAUGGUCUCUUAAGAGAGUACAGGAGAGGUGUGAGGAUGGGUGCCCUGAGGAACUUUUCAGUCUUGCUGGAGGCAAGAAGUAGAACUGGAACUCUCAUCUAUCGACUGAAUCAGUGAAGUGCCCAAAAAGGGUGAGAGUGAAAAGGAUUUCAAAUUAAUGCCUUUUUACUGUACAGUAUAUGGUACAAAAGUUCAGCUGUUGUUUCUCCCCUCCCCUGUGUAAACCUAGAAACAACUAGUUGUUGCUUACUUAUAAAAACCAUUUUCUCACAUUGGCUGCUAGAUAUCAGUUCUUGCCUGAAGCUGCGAUGCAGGUGUCAUCUGAUAAUUCUGACUAGCUUAGAUCAAUGCUCACCUCUCAGGUUCUUGCUAGAAUGCCAGACACAAUCAGCUCCUGCUAAAAAAAGUUUAGACCAGCAUCUUAGCUGCCCUCCUGCCUGUUAUUUGUGUCUUUAGAAUUCCUGUUGUAAAACACUGGCCAUGAUGAGAUGGUACCCUCCUUAUUAGUGAUUUUUAUUAUUUUUAUGCACUUCCCCUGUGUGUGUGUUUAGAGCAGGAAAAGGCAGGAAACUCAUUACAGAGUUUGGAGGGAAUGGACUGUUUGCUGGCACUAUGAGUAACUCAUGUUUCAGUGACUGAAGGCAUCUGGGAGGAGAGGAGGAAGGAGAAAUUCCAUAGACUCAGAGGUUCUGAUACAUUUGUACUGUAGCUUCUGUCUAGUAUGAAAGAAUGACUUUCUGCACCUGAUAAAUAUUUGGACCUUAACUAAAUCUGAUAUUAAAAUAAGAGGCUGCGAAUUUUUGAGAUGAAAAAGGCAGUGCUGACAUCUUAAGUUCUUUAACUUCAUAGUUUGAUUCAUGUAACUCAAAUUUUAAUGUGCUUGAAUAUAGUAAAAAUUACACUACAGUAAUAAAUGGGCCACUUAAAACUUUUUUAAAAGUCCCUCUUCCCUUAAUGGUUGGUAUUCUCGUGUUUACAUAUGAAGAUCAUUUGCACCUUUACAAGGAAAACAAGUAUUCUGUAAACAAAUGUUUACAUGUAUCAUUUAUGCUUUUUUCUAGCAUGAGUAACUUGUAUAAAUAGUGCUAUCUUAAUAAAUUUCUUCUAUGCUGUU